AUGGGAAUGCUAGAAGCAUUCAACCUCGCUCAGACAAAAGCACUGAAUCUUUUGAAUCCGUUGAAGUUCUUCCAGGGCGUCGGCAAGCCAUCUUCGAACAUGAAUAAGUUCCUUCCAAAGAAUCGUAAGAGCUGGGCAGAGUGUUACAAAAACGAAGAGAUGAUGCAUGUUUACACGACUUCGAAAGCGGGCUUUCCAACGAUGACCUGGAUGCGCAGCUCGAAAUACUCGAUACAUUACAUUUUCUCAAUUGCAGGCUUUGCCGCGUUUUUGAAUUGGAAAGUCAUGUCCAUGCAGCUUCAAAAAAACGAAGACUACAGAAUGGAGCAAGGCGAACUGCAAGUGCCUCAGUACGCCACGAAUCUCGGCUUUGGAAUCCGCUUUCUUUACCUUGUAAUUGGCAUGGCUGCUCUUUCCGCGUUGCUUUUGCUUCCCUCGAGAAGAGUUCACAAUAUGUACAUUCAUAUUCCAGACAAAUCUCUCAUCAUAGAAAGCGGAAGGUUAUUCGGUACAAAGCCGACGUACUAUAUUUUUGACGGAAAAGAAAACGAACGUGUCCGAUAUAUUCUUCAAAAAUCAAGGCAAAAAAGUGACAACAUGAAAGGUCUGAGCACGGACAAAAUCUCCAGUGGGACGCUUUCGUAUCAUCCGAAACUCGCUUAUUGGGGUCAGACGCCCAGAUUCUUUCCUAAAUUCUUAUUCCUGGGCAAAGGAGAGUUUCUCCUGAAUAUGAACGAAAUUAAGAGCAUUCAGAAAAAUAUGCCUUUUGCUGGAGGGUCCUAA